AUGGACGGGCCUGAGCCCGCCCCUGAGCGCCACCAUUUUGAGCCUAAGCGUAAACUGACAGGCAUAAAGGAUGGAACGUACCAUGCAUUGCUAAAUUUGGUUACCGUUAAUACGCUGGAGCUCGAACGUCCUACCUGCCUGAGUCUAACUGGUAUGGUCUGGGGCCUCGGAACUGUUCUAGGCCCUAUGGUCGGAGGCGCGUUUGAGCUGUACUCAUGGCGUUGGGCCUUUUACAUCAACCUAUUAUUCGGAGCAAUCAUUCUCCCAGCCCUUGUAUCAAUUAUUCCCUCUAACCACCUAGUCCCCGGGGUGUCUACUCGACACAAACUCGCUACGUUCGACUGGCUCGGCACGAUUCUGAGCAUUGUAGGGGGCGGGACUAUCAUUGCGCUUUUCAUUGUGAGCGGUGUGCUCUCGAAUGAUUAUUUGAUGUCCAAGUUUGGAUGGUACAAACCUUGGUACGUUUGUGGCGCGAUAAUUGCCCUAGUUGGCACUGUUUUGAUGAGUCGCCUCAAAGUCGAGACUUCGAAUUCAGAGGUCUAUGGCUACCAGACUCUAAUUGGUCUUGGUGCUGGGUCAUUCGCCCAGGCUGGAUUUGCUGUUAUCCAGGCCACUCUUUCUGGUCUCGCCAUCGGCCUCUCUGUGACCGGUGCGCUGUUUACUAAUUUAGCCAAGAUCAAUCUACAGACCGUCUUUCCGAACGUCGACGAGUCAACUUUGAUAUCAAUCGCGGCAGGGACUGGUGGUGGAAUUCUGGAAAUGCAGAGUGAGGCAAAACCGAACCAGGCUUUGAUUGCAAUCGUCGAUGCACUGCAUGAUGUACUCAUCGAGGUUUACGUUGUCGCGGGACUCGCAGUAAUUCUCAGUGUCUUUUUAAAGUGGAAAAAGGUAUACAUAGAAGGUUCUGCUGGCGGAAUGUGGUGA